AGCCCGAGGUCAGGGGCCACUUUCAGCGCAAAGGAGCAGCAGCAGACCCCAGAUGGCGGGAGGCUUGGUGCGGGCUUGUGUCUGCCUGUGGAUCCUCACCACCGCAGACUGCAGGACUCCAGACAUCCAGGUGACCUGCACCUUUGCUCAAGACUGCCUGCUUCCCUGCACUUUUGAACCUGCGAGUAGCGCCAAUGUCUCCUGGCAGCAGCAGGAAGUCCCGCUCCUCACAUUCAGGCUCGGCGCCGGCCCAGAGGAACUAUGGCUGCCCAGUUUUGCGGACCGGGCAUCACUCUUUGAGGGGCAGGUCUCCCACGGCAACGCCUCCUUGCAGAUCAAGCAAACGAGCACUCACGAUCGGGGCAGGUACCGCUGUACCGUGAGCACCCACCAGGCGGUUGAAGACACCAUCGUCAUCGUGAGGGUGGAAGCCCCCGUCAGGUCACUGACUCUGGAGAUGACCGCCGACAGUCAAGCAGUACAGUGCUCUUCUCAAGAUGUCUAUCCUGCCCCACAUCUGAGCUGGUUCACGGAGCCCCCACUGCAACCGGAGCUACUCAGGCCCAGCACACACAUGGCAGCCAACAAGCUGGGCCUCUACUCUGUGGAGAGCAGACUGAACCGGCCUAAGACUGGUUCUGGCUAUACCUACACGUGCACCAUCAAGACGUCCUAUGGCAGCCAAACCUGGAUAGCCUCACUGAGGGACACAGAGAUGAGGCCCACAGAGGGCACCCAGGUCACAAUCCCCUGCACUGCCCUGAGAGACCUGCAGAACUUCACUCUCACCUGGAGCUUCAUGAGGCAGAGGCAGCUCACUGUCAUCCUUACAUAUGACAGCUUGAGCCGGCGUGUCACCAACCACUGGGGCAAACGAGCCCAUUUGGACCAGAACUGGGGUAGUUCAGGAGAUGGCUCACUGCACCUGCAGGACUUGGGCAACUCUGCACAAACGGGGAUGUAUAUCUGCAUGAUCUCCACGCCGAAGAUCCAGUAUCUGACAUACACCAGCAUCAAUGUCAGCGCCAUCUCAGGUGUGAGCGGGCCAGACGAGAGGUCGCAGAAAGGCAGGGAGUCGCGGCUCUGGCUCAUCUGCAUCGCCGUGGUGGCCGUCGUCCUCUGCGUCGGCGCCGUGUGGUGCGUCAAGAAGAAAGAUGGCGACUCACGCCCGCCAGCUGAGACCACGGAGAUGAGGCAGUUGACAGAAGGUCACAGAGAAAACGGCACCCCCCAGGAAAGCAGUCCCUUGGCUGUGGCCUAAAACAUUCCCAACAGGACGAGGUCACCAGGGGAGUUUCCAGCCUCCACUCCCAUGGACUUUGCUCAAUGCCAGCCUCCCGCCUCCAGCAGAGUCCAUGGCGGACCGGCCUCUGACAUGAUGCAGCCACAUCUGGGCUUCAGGCACUCUUCAUUAUGGAUGCUGAAUGGUGCUGCUUCCUGCUUCCACAUUGUCUCACUCACACACACUGACUGCUGUCUGUGCUGACUGUCUGUGUUGACUGAUGUCUGUGCUGACUGUCUGUGUUGACUGCCAUCUGUGCCUAUGCUGACUGCUGCCUGGGCUGACUGCCGUCUGUGCCUAUGUUGACAGCCUGUGCUGACUGCUAUCUGUUCUGAUUGUGCUGACUGCCGGAUGUGCCUGUGCUGGUUCUGCCGAAGUCCAUUGGGACACACAGCAAGGCUGUGCUGAAUCUUCCCGCAGGUGGUAAUUGCAUCUCCUAGCAGCUAAAUAUUCUGUGGACCUUAAAACAUUCACCAUAUCACUGAGCGCACAUUUGUACUGACGCACUUUUUGUUCCUGCAGUGUAGUUCACUAGCUGCUACAACAGCUGCUGUCCUAACAAUGCCUCUGUCUGACUGAAUGUCCAUGUUUAUGGUGCUUUUGGGGGACAUUUCAUUCCACGGGACUGGGUUUGCUGUAGAUUUCUUCAUGAGCUGGAUGAUUCAUAAAUUAAAUAAAUGUUAGUAUCCGUG